AUGGGUGACCAGGAAGCUGAGCACACUGUGCCACAGACAGAGCUUCAGGAGAUCACCAGCAAAAUUUCAGAUCUAAACAAAUGGAGAAAUGUUUUCAGUUUCCAUAGGUUGGAAACCAGCAAUUCAACUCAUCAGCAAGGCAAUGGAAGCACUGGCAAUGGAGUACUUGGAGCCAGAGAGCCCUCAGGCUUUCAGCCACCAGUGCCUCUGCCCUGUUCCGCCAUCCCUGAACCCCUACUGAUCUCUCCGGAUACAGGCGGACGGCCCAUCUCCUUGGAAAUGGCAAUGGAGUUACGGAAGCUGUUAUUUGGAAACGUGUUCCAGCUCUUCAGCUGUGAAUGGGCAAAAGCAUGUUUCAGGUUUCGUGAGCCAUACUCUGACCUGGCCUAUGCUUUGGAGACAGAAAACGGGGGAGCAAGAGCCAUUCUGAUGGCUGUACAAGCGUACAUCAUCAAAUACCUGCUCUUCAUAAGAACCACAGAAUACACUCACCUGGAAAGGCUGUGCAGAGUAAGCCGGCAGGAGCAAGGGGAGGCACUGGCAGCUGCGCUGGCAGAUACCCUGUGGGCAGCAGGAGGAGGUGGGAGAGCCAUGAUCUGUCUCAUCACCACAGCCAUCCAUGUGGUGCCCAGCAGCGACUACAAAGCCGACAACUUCACAGAAAGAAUCCAUCUGUUUGAGUUCUCUGAGAAAGCAGCAGCUCAGGAGUUUAUCCUUGGCCAUAUAAACUGUUUCAAAGACGAACGAAGUCACGGAGUAAUUCUUUUUUUAUACAGUUUACUUUUCUCAAGGACGCUUGAAAGGGUCCAAGAAGACUUAGACUGCACAGCAACUCCUCUGUUGAAAUGCAGUUCCGGAAACAUUACCUGUACGCAGGCUGUGCUCAGCCUCCUCCUAACGGGACAAGCAAGCCCGCAUGAGCUUGAUGGCAGUCAGGAGCUGGGGCCCAGAGGAGAGGGCAAUGAGGCAUGGCGGCAGCGGGGCCCGGUGGGCUACCUGCGCUGGAGCAGAGCACAGGUGGAGCAGCAGGUGUGCCCCAGGCUGAGAACACCCCGUCUGCCCAUCUGGCUGUGCAGCAUCACCGGGAGGCACAGCAUUCUCUUUGGCACUGACAGCCAAAUCCUCUCUGACUGGAAAAGAGAGAGAGUCUUCCACCUGUACUUCUACAAUGGGCAGGUGGAGCAGACAAAAACAGCCCACCUAACUAUAGAUACUCAUUCACACCACUGGGAAGAGGACCAAAGUGAAGACCCAAGCAGCCCAAGGAAGAGGUGUCUGUCCGUGGAGAUGGCAAUCAGGACCAAGUGGGCAGGCGCAACUGUCAGCUGGAAUGGGACAGAUCCCUUUUUCUGA